AUGGACGACAAAAAGAACGAGGAUUACACUAUAAAGAUGCCUGAAGUUGAGAUGCGCAACUUCAACCGGCGUAACUCUGAAGCACAGAGAGAACCAUUUCUCCCGCCUAAAGCCAGGGCUCCGGCAUCACCUCCCACUCUCAAUAGUAUCACCAAUUCUCCACCAAUAUCCAUUCUAGCGUACUGUUUAGCAAGCAUUUCCAUGACUGUCACAAAUAAAUACUGCGUCAGCGGGAAAGGAUGGAAUUUGAAUUUCUUUUAUUUAGCGAUCCAGAGCCUAGUUUGCAUUAUUACUAUUACAGUAUGUAAACAAAUUGGCUUGAUCAAGAAUCUAGCACCCUUUGACUCUAAAAGGGCGAAGACCUGGUUUCCUAUAUCACUCCUUCUAGUCGGGAUGAUAUAUACGAGCACGAAAGCGUUACAAUUCUUAUCGGUUCCUGUAUACACAAUUUUUAAAAAUCUUACUAUCAUCGUCAUUGCAUACGGGGAAGUUCUAUGGUUUGGAGGCAACGUCACGGCAUCAGCUCUAUUUUCCUUUGGACUCAUGGUCUUGAGUUCUAUUGUCGCCGCUUGGGCAGAUAUUCAGCACGCUUUACACGGAGAAGUUGCUCAAGCUGGCGCUGGUGCUGAAGCACUAUCUAUAUUAAAUGCCGGAUACGCCUGGAUGGGUAUGAACGUAUUUUGCACUGCUGCUUACGUCCUCUCAAUGCGCAAAGUCAUAAAGAAGAUGAACUUUAAGGACUGGGAUACUAUGUUCUACAAUAACUUGUUAACUAUACCGGUACUUUUUCUAUGCUCUCUUAUAUUUGAACAAUGGACAUCAGAAAAUAUCAAUAACAACUUUCCCAUCGAAACACGGAACAGCCUAAUUCUGAGCAUGAUAUAUUCCGGACUGGCCACUAUAUUUAUUUCUUAUUGCUCAGCUUGGUGUAUUCGUGUCACAUCUUCGACUACCUAUUCUAUGGUGGGCGCCCUCAAUAAGCUUCCAAUCGCCAUUUCCGGACUUAUAUUUUUUGCCGCUCCCGUCACAUUCGGUAGCGUGUCCGCCAUAUUUAUUGGGUUCAUUUCGGGUAUUGUCUAUGCUUGGGCUAAGGUUCGCCAAAGCCAAACGAGUAAAAUGCAACUUCCAAUUACGCAGCCUGUCAUGAGCGCUAGCUCGCAGAGUAACCGAGAUGCAUCUAGUUCUCCAUAG